AUGCGGCCUGUGCUGCUCCUCCUCGCCCUCCUCGGGGGCUCCACAUUAGCAGCGCCGAAUUGGGGGAAAGUUUUCACCUCAUUUUUCCCCGAACCGGAAGGCCCGCAUGUCAAUGCUAUCAACUAUUACAAGGAUGAAGUGGAGCCCCUCCAUCACCGGAUAAAGCGGGCCGUUUACGCUGCGCUGGCGAUGAUGCCAGAUUGCGCGCCGGGAUGGACUGGAACCUAUUGCGAGAAUCCGUUGUGUACAAAUAUUACUACCGUACCGGUCGAGCAGAACACCGACAAGCUCGUUGAGUUCAUCUACGCCCCGGCAAAUUGUAUGGGAACUUUCUACGUGCCGGUCGACUCGACUUGUACUUAUUUGUUCAUCCAGACCAACACCGAUGGCGCUGUACCGAUCAUGAACUUGACCGACUCGUCGGGCAAUCACGUCCCACCAACCGCCGUCGCCCCCAGCCCUGGCCACAACAUGAACUUCUACCAACCGAUCGCCCCCGGAAAAUAUUCCCUUAAAAUCGACCUCCAGGGACAGACCUCCAAUCUCUGCGCCAUCGAGAUUACGGUAGCUAGCAAGCUGGACAUCACCCAUGGAUUUGUCGACACUCCCCAAUCGGAUUUCCCUCCCCACGGCACGAGCCCGACCGAGGGCCAGAUGCAGAAUCUGGUCGUGCAUACGUACCAUCCGGAAAUCAGAGCUGUGCCUACCACCGCUUCCUUGGCUCUACGAGGAGGGACUGACCCGAUUAUUCGAUCUCCGUUGACUACCCGAUACGGCUGCGCCUACGACCAAUACAUUGCCGGAAAAUUCACCUGCCAGGCUGGCCAAUUCUACCAAGUUGUGGUUGAUGGUAUCGAUUCGUUCGGAAACCCUUUCCGACGCACAAAGACUGGAUGGUCGUGCGUUGCGGGACCCAUUACACCCCCACCCACUACCCAGCCACCCCCACAGGACUGUAUGAAUGGAGGUACCCUGGUGUACGGUGGAACUCCGAAUGCUCAAUGUCUCUGCCGCGAGCUUUUCACUGGAGCGUCCUGUCAGAAGCCGCAGUGUAUGAAUGGCGGCUUCUUGAACCCGACCGAGUCUUCUUGCAUCUGCCCGACUGGAUUUAUUGGAAUCAACUGCCAGAACGUCGCUUGCGCACCAAACCUCGAGGACUUCUUGACCGACUACAGUACCCUGGUCGUCGUCUGGCGUGCCGUUUCGAGCAUGAAUCAAUAUGUCAAUGCUUAUGCUCAAGUGUUCUACAACGAGAUGCAAUUCCUCUCCACCACCCCCGGACUCGAGCCGUAUCGCUCGUUCUUGCUGGUCACCUAUGCUAAUGGAGUUUACACUCGCAACCUCUAUGGCCAACAACAAUGGCAAAACUUCUACGACGCUUUCACCGCCCUCAACUCGACGACGGUCAGCGGAAACUGCAAUGAUACGGCUGUUGGAGCGCUUCAAGAAGUCUUCAGAGCGACCACCUACAACAAGUCCCCAAUCUACCACUUCACCGACGCCCCGGCUUCGGAUUACAAUGAUUUCCUUGGGGUGGCUGAAGUGAACGCCUACAAGAAGUUGCCGAUCUUCUCCCUCUUCCACAACACCUCGAGCGCUCAAACCUGCAAGGUUGACGAGAUCUCGGAGGGCUACAGAAUUAUGGGAACUCUCGCCUAUAUGACGGGAGGUUUGGUGAUGGGCCUCAGCCAGUCUGGAUACAGCCAGACAACCGCUCUCCUUGUCCGCUCGACCAGCUACAAGAUCAACCAGGUCUUGAUCGAUGAUCUUACGGUUUGCACACUUGAUGGGUAUCGUACCUUCUUCGCGGACUCGGCUACAAAGUACAUCCAUAUUGUUGCUACUGGAGAAAACCUCCUCAUCGCUAUCACGGACCCGAACGGCACCGUCUCGAGCCCCCAGGUCUUCCAGGAUGGCCGCAACUACUUCUACACAAUCCCGCAAGAAAAGAUCAUCCGUGGAGAGUACCUCAUGCGGUUCAAUUCUUACAACUCCCAAUACCCCUGCAGCUACCGUGUCUUCGCUCGCUCUGACUAUGACUUGUUCCUCGGUGUCACCAAUGCCGUCUACACUGACGCUAUUUCGGCGGAACCUAUUUAUGGUAUGCCAAACGCCAUCGUCGCCCAGAUCAACGGUAUCUACGGCCGUGUCAUCGACCCUUUCCGCCUCUUCGCCGAGGUGAUGAUCGUCUCCAACGACAACGGAGGAUAUCACCGCCCGCUGUACUUCUCCAACGGAUUGUACCGUACAAUGUGCGGCUACCAUCUUUACUUCGGAACCACCAACUUCUGCGAGCACCCCGGACAGGUGUUCUACGCUACUGUCUAUGCUGAUGAUACAGAAGGCUACACCAUUCAGCGUACCAGCGUUGGAUACUGCGCUGGACGCGCCCCCACCCAAGCCCCGCCCACUGGGUGCAUUAAUGGCGGAGUCCCAGAUCCCAACAACUCCACUCAAUGCCUCUGCCCGCCACUUUAUGCUGGGCAAUACUGCCAGGACUACAACUGCCAGAACGGUGGUGUCUACACCCAUGGUAUCUGCCAGUGCCCCGUGGGACUUGGAGGAACCUUCUGCGAAGAGCAAAAGUGUCUGGUCAUCAACGAGUACCCGAUGUUCACCCCGAACGGCCGGUCCCUCACUUUUGUUGUCUCGACCCUGCCAUCGAUGAAUGCUACCUGGCAACAGCUUGCCACUGGAGUCCAGGAAUUCGUGCGCGACAUCCAGCUCCACAAUCCCAUGUGGUUCGAGCGCUACAAUUUGAUCGUUAUGAACAACCAGGGCGCCCAGCUCGUCUCCCAAACCCAACGUGUCGAUGGCUUCGUCCGCUCCGUCCAAGAUGUCGCCGCCAACCUGGCCAACUACCAGAACGCCUCCAACCCGGACUGCUCCGUCUAUAUGGAGACCGGUAUGAUGAUGGCUGCCUCAAACUCGUACGCCCGGUCGCCGGUGUUCGUCUUCUCGGACUCGAACGGUGUCAAAGAGAGUUCUAUUCUGCCAGUGCAGAUUAUGGCAGCUGUGGAGCAAGUUCAAGUUCAGCUGAACUUUAUCGCCACCAUCUCUGGAAACACCGGACUAUGCAACGGCGUGGACGGCUGGCUGUCGGAUGAGAUCCAAAACCUCUUCAUCUUCUCGGCCGGUUGGCUGUACUCGACUACGGAUAUUCGAGGAAUGUACCACUUCAUCCUCACCGAAUACAACAACGGUAUCAUCCUCGAUACCUACGUCGAUGACUGCACGCAACCACAGACAUACUACCUGCCAGUUGAUUCUGGAACUCAGUCGAUGACUGUUGUGUCUAAUGGAGCUAACGUUACGGCCACCGUAUUCCUCCCCGACGGCACCAACGCCAGGAACAACGCCCUUGAAUUGGUGAUGGUCAAGGAGACCUACAUGGAAAUCGACCAAUUUAUCAUCCCCUGCCCGGUUGGUUGGGAGUUCUUCGGGCGUGGGUGCUACUCCUUCAUCCUGACUAUGCUGCCAUUCCGCGAUGCUUCCAAUCGCUGUCACGCUCUUGGCGGCUGGUCGGUUGACAUCUUCAACCCAGAACAGCAGGCUUACGUUCAUCAGGAGACAACUGGUGUGCAGAACUGGAUCGGAUUGACGAAGGUUGGGUCGGCGUGGUAUUGGGAUACCGCGGAUCAGAAUCAGCCGGUGCAAUUGCUUAACACUUCCUACGCCAACUGGAAAAACGGCGUCACCCCCAACAACGCUGCCAACAACUGCGCAAUUAUGGAUGGAGACGGAUUCUGGGUGGACGUCCCGUGUACUGAGACCCACUACAUUAUCUGCCAGAAGUUCCGAUUUGGCCAAGACGUCAUCCCCAACGACCCGACCACCAACCUUCUCCCCGGUGGCUUCUGGAAGCUCCAGGUCCAAUCGUCUUCCGGAUCCUGCGCCGUCCAAGCCCGCGUCCAGUCCACCAUCCAAGUUUACUUUGGCUUUGUCCAGGACACCCACAUGGACUACCCAGAGCUGUAUGCUAACUCGAAUGCCACAAACAACUACUUCGUCGCUGGCACGACCGGCUUGAACAUGUUCGUCGAUGAUCGUCACCCGUCGAAUGAGGGACGAUUGAACUAUGUGUACAUGGGCUUCAACUACUCCGCCUACAAUGCCAUGACCUUCGAGGAUCGUGCCCAGUGCUCAUACCGAUAUUUGUCGCAGAACUUUACUUGCCAAAACAUGGGCAACUACUUCGACAAGUUCUUCGCUAGGUUCUCUGGAAUUGAUCAGUACGGUUACACCUUCGAACGAUUGGCUUCUUCAUACUGUGGCAUCUACCAAAGCUUCUGCUACAACGGAGGCUACGUCUACCAGGGUCAAUGCGUGUGCCCACAGUACUGGACCGGAAGCCGGUGCUCGAUUCCGGUCUGCCAGAACGGUGGUGUUGUGCAGGGCAACAACCAAUGCGCCUGCCCAUCGGCCUUUACGGGAGACUUCUGCGAGCUGGCAUUCUGCGAGCCGCCAUACCCGCAUCCAUCUCAUGCCGAGACCAACCGUACUCUUGCCAUCGCAUUGGAGACGUCCACCCUCAUGUCGACGUCGAUUUUCUUGCUCAAGCGCAACCUAACCACCAUCAUCAACCAAAUCACCAAUGGAACUGGAGUCCCCGAGUGGUGGAACAGCUACAUCCUAUAUCCCUUCGAUUCUACCUCCAACAAAGCCUACUGGUACCCUCCGGUCUAUUCCAACAACUUUGCCGAUCUGAUCACUGGCCUAAACAACAUUGGACGCGGUUGCCCGAACGCUAGCUGUGAUACUACAACCUGUCAACGCCCCUACCUUCGUAUCAUCUCCGAUAUGAUCGCUAACCCCAUCUUCCAGGCCCCGAACUCGGAUAUUGUUGUCGUCACCCGUUCCUCCCCUGAAGAUCAUGAAAUUCAAUAUGAAGUGAUCGAUCAAAUUCAGAACAGUCGAUCGAAGGUGUUCUUCCUGCUGGCUGGUACCUCUUCACCUUGUAAUGAAGGCUGGAACACACCUGCUGUCGAUGCUAUGAGGACUAUUGCCGGAUACACUGGUGGUGGCAUCUAUCCGCUCUCUCCUACUGAGCUCGUCUUCAAUUGGUUGGGUGUCUACUUCCCAUACUCCUACCACUCUGGAUGGGUGAUGGGAGGAGCUGUCAGCGAAAAUUGCUCAUUCUCAGAGUAUAUCAUCCCGGUUGAAAAUGCGGCCACCCACCUCCUGCUCGACUAUUUCGGAAGCACGAAUGCGAUCACGGUCAUCGCCCCUGAUAACACCUCGCUGAGCCUCCCCACCAAUUUGGUCACCUCGAGCAGCAACUAUCUGGCCGUGCUCCCGCUUAAUCUUAAUGGAGCGGUUAUGGCCGGAUCUUAUACCAUCCGAAUCGUCGACCCGGGCUCACCGUUCUGUGAGCUUGAUGUCAGGAUCAGAUCGGCCAUCAACAUUCUUCCAGGAUUCACCCAGGUCAACGAUCAAUACGGUGGAGCGACAAAUGAUGAUGCUCACUUCCAACCUUUGAUCGGGGCUCAAAACAUUAUUCUGGCUCAUGAGGAUACCCAUGGCGAGGGAGCUGUCUUGGAAUAUGCUCAGAUCGUGCUCCCCCGACGCGGUCUCUAUUUCACUUCUGAAAUGAAGCGCAGAAGCCGUGAGUGCGGAUAUGAAUAUUAUUCCACAAAGAGUUUCGAGUGCUAUAUGGAGAACUUCUACGUGAUUUACUAUGGACGUGAUUCGCGAGGAGCUGCUUUUAACCGAUUCUUCAUCAGCCAUUGUAUCAACAACAGGCCGACUCCGCCACCACCACCACCGUUCUGCGAUCUGACGACAAAGAAGACCGACAUCGUCUUCAUGGUUGAUGGCUCCAUCAUGUCAGAUCGGACCUUCGGAACGUUCAAACUCUUCAUGCAAUACGUAGCUAGCGCAUUCACCAUCGGCGUGAAUGGUACUCAAUUUGGAGCCUUCUCCUUCUCCUCCACCACGCCCGGCGGAAACCCCUUCCUCCUGAACGCCGCCUCCGAUCUGAGCAGCUUGAACUUGAAGUUCAACACCCUGCAAGCCGACGGACGUAUGGGACAAAAUAUUACAUCGGCCAUCAACUAUGUGAGCGCCAACUACGUGGACCCCGCAAAUGGCUACCGUACCGAUCGUGAUGUUCGACAUCUUGUCGUUUAUGUCACUUCCAGCCAGAUGUAUUCUGACGGAAAUCUCGACCCCAUUUCUGCCGUCACUGCCCUGAAGCGCUCAGGAAGCUACGGAUUUGCUGUGGUUUCGCUUGGAUUUACUUCUCCUCCUGAUUGGUUGGUCUCCUUGGCCGGCCAGAGAUGCUCGUACUUUGCCGGAAAUGACAACGAUUUUGCAACGCACGCUGGAAACCUCAUCCAGUCACUGUCUUGCUUCCGCGAACCGAUCUGCGGAAUG